UCUUGUUUGAAAUGGUUGUGAUGCGUUGUUGCGGGGCUUUCGUCGCUGAGGAAGAGACGAUCGAGGAAGGCGAGUGGGAGAAAGAGAGGUAACCGGAGGGAGGAGGGAGGUGGAGGUGGGUUUUGAUUCGCGGGCGCGGGAAGAGCGGUUGGGAAUCGACAAGGGAGGAAGCGCCGCCGGGCGCCGGCUUCUUGGGUCUCUCUUUCGAUUUGCUUCUGCUGGGUUGUUAACCAUGUCUGCAACCAUAAUCAGCGACCCUUUGGUGAUCUCGGCCCCAGAGACUCAACCAUCUGCCAUACUCGUGGGCACAGCUCAAAUUGAGGUGGAAUUCGUCAUUUGCGACUGCUGUGGGUUGACAGAAGAAUGCACGCCCGCGUAUAUCGAACGCAUCAGAGAACGGUAUCACGGUAAAUGGAUAUGCGGGCUAUGCGCGGAAGCCAUAAAAGAUGAAAUUGUAAGAACUGAUAGGCUUGUUAGCACUGAAGAGGCCAUGACCAGGCAUAUGAACUUCUGCAAGAAGUUCAAGUCCUCGGAGCCGCCUCCGGAUCCUACAGUGCACUUGAUAUCCGCCAUGAGACAACUUCUGAGGCGGAGUUUGGAAUCGAGAUCCACCCCAAGCAGCCCGAUGAGGAAAGAGACGGGAAUGCCCGGUGCAGGAUUGACUCGCUCGGAAAGCUGCUUUUCGACUCUAACUUAGCUGAUUGGGACAUGCAGAAUGGAAAUGGAACAGAGGUGAAAGUGGUGCAUCAAGGGUCACCUCUAGCACAAAAUAAUGGAAAAAAGAAAAGAAUCGAGGAUAGAUGCUUGUUACAGAAGUCGCUAUCGUGAAAUACAAAAGUUUUCUUUGUUACUGGAAA